GCCCCUUUGGAUAUGCAGAUGAGUCCCUUUCCCAGGGCGGGGCUGAGCCGCCGAACUUCGGGGGAGGCUGAGGAGGCCGGGAGACGUCCGGCUAGGGAGCCGCGUGGAGCCGCGGAUGCGGCACCUCCUAGUGAUAGGUAACGCGGUAUCCCGGGCCACGUGGGCUGGGCACGACUCGGGUGAUUUCUUGGCAAUCGGCCGAGUAAAAAGGCAUCGCUCGGAGCUCUUCCCGCGCGGGCUCAGCAGAAAAUCUGGCGCGACUGAACGGGCGGCGGUGGGCUGGAUGCACGCAUCGCUUGGGAGGCUGCGGAGGGAGUCGCCGCCGCCCCUGGCUUUAGCUCCGUCUCCUACUCCGCCGGCCCGCUGGUCCCCGAGAGACAAUGCGGUCUGGAAAGCCUCCGAAAAUCUGCGCGGUCUUCCUGCUGAGCGGUCUCUCGGCGCUGCUGCUCCUGCUCCUCGGCCAGCCUCCCCACGCCUCAAAAGAGCCGCCCCCGCAGCCCCGGGAGGGCGAUUUCGUCCGCCAUGCUUGCGAUGCGCUGGCUCUGAGGAAGAAAGCCUUCGUGUGGGGAAACCGUCUCCGGACGUCCUUCGACAGAGGCGCCUCCUGCCAAGAUUACGUGAGGGAGAGCCACUAUCUGACAAGACCCCUCUCUGCCGAAGAGACGACCUUUCCCCUGGCCUAUGUCCUCACCCUCCACAAAGAACUGGAAACCUUCGAGAGGAUCUUCAGGGCUUUUUACUCCCCCCACAAUAUAUACUGCAUCCACGUGGAUGAGAAGGUGCCCACCAAGUACAAGCAGGAUGUGGAGAAACUGUUGGAGUGCUUCCCUAAUGCCUUCCUGGUCUCCAAAGCAGAGCCUGUCAUUUACGCAGGCAUCUCCAGGCUCCAGGCCGACUUGAACUGCAUGAAGGACCUGCUGCGAUCUGCAGUCCAGUGGAAGUAUGUCCUCAACAUGUGCGGGCAAGACUUCCCACUCAAAACUAACAAGGAAAUUGUCCAGCACCUGAAGAGGUUUAAGGGGAAGAACAUCACCCCAGGCAUCCUCCCCCCACCUCCAAUAACUGCAAGGACCAAAUUUGUUUACAAGGAACACAUAGGCAAGGAAGCUUCCUACAUGAAAAGGACUAAGACCCUAAAAUCGCCACCUCCUCACAACCUCACUAUCUACUUUGGGUCUGCCUAUGUUGCCCUCACUAGGCCUUUUGUGGAGUUCCUUUUCAAAGACCCAAGGGCCGUUGAUUUGCUGCAAUGGUCCAAAGACACUUACAGCCCCGACGAACACUUUUGGGUGACACUCAAUCGGAUACCAGGUGUCCCUGGUGCCAUGCCAGGUGCAGCAUGGGAAGGUGACUUGAGAGCUGUUAAGUGGAAGGAAACAGAAAAGUCUCAUGGAGGAUGCCACGGUCAUUAUGUCAGAAGCAUAUGUAUCUAUGGAACUGGUGACUUGCCAUGGCUGCUGAUGUCCAAAAGCCUGUUUGCUAACAAAUUUGAACUCAAAACGUAUCCACCUACUGUGGAAUGCCUGGAGUUGAAACUUCGGGAAAGAGCCCUGAAUCAGAGUGAGAUACCAGUGGAACCAAGUUGGUACUUCUAAUAAAAAACCACAUAUUGAUGAAGAAGGACAAUAAUAGAAAGUCAACAUUUUAGAACAGCUGUUUGUGCCUUGAAAUCAAGAAUCUUUUGGAUGUUUAAUACGGGUAAUUUUUCUGAUAUAUGAAAAAUCUUCACAUUUUAACUGACCUAAGGAUUCUGAGCCAUCUCUGUAUUCAUUUAAUUUUCUUUAAAUUUUUAAACUGUGCUUCCCAUUUUGGAACAGGAUUCUCCUUUUCUUCCAACUGCUUAGAUUAGUGUUUAUUAACACCCUUAGAAAAAAAAGUUCUGAAUAAUGGAGUUAAAGAGCAAAUUCAGAUUACCUUACUAACUGAUGGUUCAAAUGGAUGGAUUAAGACUGCUUACAUUGAAGAUUCAGUGAUGGGAGUUUGUCUUCUAGUUCAGCUUGCUACCUGGACAAUCUGUGUUUACUUCUGCCUAUACUCUACUGUUAGUACUUGCUUCUGAAUAGGCCAAAUUCUUACCCAUGCUUCUCCCAUUAUCUGCUAAGCAAGUAGAAUGGCCUUCUAUAUUACUGAAGACCUAUCCUCUUUAACAAUAGCAAACCAGUCUGUGAACCAGGGUAGUGCAGAAGAUCUGGAAUACGGUACAAGAGUAUAUAUAAGAGAGUAAAUCAUUCACUGAAAAAAUAAAUUAAUAUUAGACCAAUUAUAUGUUUCUACUUUCAUCAUGUUUGGCUUGGUCACUUAAUUAUCCUAGAAAUGAUGUAAAGAAAAGAAGAGCUUCAAGGUGUUCAGAAAUAAUUUAAGAGGGUCCAACAUUUUUUGAUUUAGGAGACUAUCACUAUCUUCAAAGCAGAGGUACUACUUACAUUGUCUUUUAUGCCAUCUACUAAUGUGAAAGUCAUUUCCAUUACUCUUUAGGCAACUGUUCUGCAUACAGUUUAAAUAUCCAACCCAUCUAGUAUGGAGAAGUAAAGAAAGUGAUAGCAAUAUAUGCUAAAAGUUCUAGGGUGAAAAGAUAAAAAAUUAGAGAAAUAAUCAAAAGUCAACUUUCUCUGGAGAAACACAGAAAAGUUUCUUGUAUUUUGUCUAGGAUUUUACAAUUCUAGCAUGAAAUACUAUGAAAGGUAUUUAUGGUAAUCAGUGUCUUAAUAAAAUAUGCAUCUUUGCAGCAGACCUUUAAUCAUUAUAUAAGUUGAGUAUGACUAUUUUUACUAAAAAUGUUGCCUGUG